AUGUCUCAAUCCGCGGCUGCCACGCUACGCCAGCGACUCGCUGAUCCAUCCAAGAUCGUUGUCGGAGCAGGGGUCUUCGAUGGCUUGACGGCUAGGAUUGCUCUUACAGAGGGAUUCGACUGUCUUUAUAUGACCGGCGCCGGGACGACCAUCUCUCGACUCGGACUCCCUGAUCUGGGCGUUGCGACGCUCAACGACAUGCGGGACAAUGCAGCCAUGAUCGCCGGGUUGGACCCUUCUGUGCCGUUGAUUGCAGAUGCAGAUACAGGGUUUGGAGGCUCUCUGAUGGUCAAGCGUACGGUGACAGAGUACAUUCGAGCAGGCGUUGCCGCGCUGCAUCUAGAAGACCAACCGACGACGAAACGCUGCGGACAUUUGCGGAACAAGCAGAUCGUGCCCGAGGAGGAAUACCUCGGUCGGAUCCGCGCGGCGGUCAACGCACGCGCUGCCGUGGAGGGUGAUAUUGUUCUCAUCGCGCGGACGGAUGCCCUGCAGUCGCUCGGGUACGAGGCUGCAGUGUCGCGGCUGAAGAAUGCGAUCGCACUGGGCGCGGACGUAGCUUUCCUCGAGGGCGUCUCGUCGGCAGAGGAAGCGAGGAGUGUCUGUGAGUCGCUGAGCCCGACUCCCGUCUUGUUUAAUGCUGUGCCGGGCGGUCUGUCGCCGGCCUGGUCGGUGGCAGAGGCACAGGAGCUAGGGUUUCGGAUCGUAAUCUUUCCGGGGCUGGCACUGGGGGCUGUCUACGAGGGGGUUCGGCGGGCGUGCAAGAGACUCAAGGAGACGGGAACCCAGGAUGGGUCGGUGAACCCGCACGAUCUGUUCAACGUGGUUGGCUUGAAAGAGGCGGUGGCCUUUGAUAUGGCUGCUGGCGGUGGUCUGUACGACAAGGGAGUAUGA